AUGGUCAAAGGAAGGAUACGCGGUUGUGCGUUUCGUUACAAGGACUUGGAAGAGGCGAAAAACUCCGCGGUGCUGACGAAACCGCAUCGCCAGGUCGAUUUUGGAACAAUGGUGGUGACGCCACGACCUGUGGCGGCGAUCAGCGUGGCCGGCUGGUGCCAAGGGUGGCGCAAGCGCAUGGAAGACACGUGCCGGCUUGCGUGUACCGCACAGGGCGCUUUCGCCGUUGUGCUGGACGGCCACCGUGGUGAAGAGGCGGCGCAAUUCUGCGGGGAUCUACUGUCGUCUGUGAUACUCGAGUACACAGCAGCUGUGGUGGAGCAGGAAACGGCAGCAGAGGCAACGAAGGCUAGGGACACGGACAAUGGACUCGCGGUGGAGUUACCGGCGGAUGAUCCUCACGCCGUGGUGCGCCGUGAGAUGUUUCUGCGCGCCUUCAUGGAGGUUGACGCGCAGCUGUACGACGAACAGG